CAAAUUCUGCCUGGAAAAGAAGACUGAUGACUUCCAGAGAACAGAUGAUUUGCAACAUUGAAGAUCAGAGAGCUGCAACGGCGUGUUUCAGAGGUCGAGGUGUACAGCAGUUCACGCGAAAGGAAUCGAAUCGCAAUACUUAGUCACUUGUUCAACUUCGGGUCUGGUCCCUUUAGCACAGUACGUGACAACGUUAGGAGUCAACAGAUCGUAAUUGAACAACUUUCUCAACUGAUCAUAAGUGUUCACGAGGAUUCCUAUCUGAAUCCAGCUUUCAGAAAGCACGGCAUAUAUAGAAUAUAGUGGAAACAUGCACUUUCGCAAACUCCACUCUGUAAUAGGAGCACCAUCCCAAGUGUGCACAAUAAUUCCGAUGCACAUGUACAUUGUCAAAUGGCGAAAGAAAAGAAUCACUUACGUCAACAAUGCCCACCUGAGCGUCACCAAUGCGUCCUCCACUUGCUUGCUCCCCAGCAGACAGCACACUGCUCGACAUUUGCCUCUCCUUCAAACGGCUACUCCAUGUCUCUAACCCAGAGUGCAGUCGACUCCUCCAUUGGUGGCUUCCACUGCCUCUGAACCAGUGGAUCCUUCGGAGUACGAUCGCUAGACCCGGUGGGCCCCGCAGCUCGGUGGACCCCUGUGUUGACAAAGUUGCGCAUUUCGGCCCCAGCCUGUUUCACUUUAGAAGGCCAUUCUAUAUUGCCCCUGUUCCAGCUUCAGUGAACCUUAUGAUCGGUUCUGUUCCAUCCCGUUCUGUAUGCUGUCUUCAGCAAAAGAUGACCGUGUUCACUGGAGGGUUUGAAGCAUCAAUUCUUUUCUCCCCUUCAUAGGCAGAUGAAUCCAUGCCCCUAUCCACAAUCGAAGCAAGAAAUUGCCGACUUCUUCAUUCGCGUGAUAAUCGCAUAAACUGCAGAAAAUCAUAACCGGCGUGCAAAUACAGAACCGAGUCGAGAGCCCUUACAAAUAGAUUCCGACAAUGGGUCGAGAUGGACUGACACUGCAAUGAUAGCUCGCCAUGAGCU